AAAACAGCCAACCGUGCAGGGAACCUGAGCAUCGCAACUGUAACGAAAGAAAGAACCAUGCCUUGAUAGGAUAUCGAUGGCUGUGACCAACUUGGUCUCGGUCCCACUCGUCUGGCAACCAUUUCCACACGAGAGAAAUAUGACCAAGCCGUCAAGACUAAUCAGAAGACGUUCAAGUCAGCACUUGGUGCAAAGGUGGGAGAAGAUCUGCGACAUAUUUUGCCUUGACAUGACAGAUAUACGCUCUGGAUGGUCGACGGAUUGUCGAGAGCCUUGCCAGAACCAUGCUUUACGUUACAUCAACUCUGUACAGGGCAUGGUCCUUAUUCACAACACCAUCUCCAACGCUGUUCUCACAAUAUCUCGAGGUCAUUGCCGUCCCACUGUACUCACAUGAUAGUGCAACCAUCGCAAAAACCUUCCACUCCAUCUUCACUGCUGCUUAUCCCCGACCAAAGUCUUCCUUAUGUUGUAACCUAACGUACCAUCCACAUCACUGGGCUGAGUGAGCACAUUCACCUCGAGCUGACAGUUCCUGAACAAGUCGUAGCUGAAGGCUACAAUGGGAAUACUUUGGAUGUUAGAGUGGCAAGUCAGGGUUCUUGCCGCGGCAUUUGGUCUCUGAAGAGAGCAGAAGACUCGAAGAUCCAUGGAUGGUAGGGCGGAAGCGAAAUAUUUAAAGAGCCUCGCAUCGCCCAUCUCAAGGGAUACUUCUCCGGCAUCACGACAUCAUCAAGCCAAUUACUACACAGCAAAGAAAGUCCUAACUACAAUCUCUUCGUCCCCUCACAAUGCUUUCCAAGGUCACCAUCCUCGGCCUCCUGGCCGCCCUCCCCGUCGCCCUAGCGGCAGCUGUCCCCUCAAACCUCACUUUCAGGGCCGUCGAGGCCCUGCCCAAGAACGCCACCGAGGAUGUGAACAUCCUCGCUGCGCCGACCAGGUACUCUGGCCCGUGGCAGAACUUCCCGGCCAUGAACACCUGGGUCGGCACAUUUGACGCCCUAUUCGAGAUGAACAGGGGGUCAAUGCUUUCUACUGGCAGCACCGCCGACGAUGUCGGCAGGAUCAAUGUCGCCAUCCGCGAGGCGGCCACCCUCGGUGUUGACGAGCGCGUCAUCCUCGGGAUCAUCAUGCAGGAGAGCCACGGAUACGUCGGCGUCCGGACCACCUUCAGCCCCGGCGAGGGAAUCCCCACCGCCGGACUCAUGCAGUGCUCCAACUGCCCCGGCUUCCCCGGGCGCACUGGUCUCAGCCAGGCCGACAUCACUUCCAUGGUUGUCGGGGGCACCCAGCACUACAAGGCAAACCUCAGGAACUGGGGUGACCAGUGGAGCGCCGAGUCCAUCUACCCGGCCCUCCGCGAGUACAACUCUGGCAGCGUCAACCCCAACGACCUCAGCGACGGCAGGGGAGCUACCGCUGACUAUGUCAGCGACAUUGCCCAGCGUCUUCAGGGCUGGGUUGACUAAGCUGAGAUAUGGAGCACACUUGAGUAUGUACCCUUGCUGAGAAAAGCCUGGCAAAAGGUUCGCUAGUGGAUGGAUGAUUCGAUGAAGCGGGUGAAGAGAUUUCUUUUGGAUCGUAUCGCUCUCAUUCUUCUUCGCUUGUCCUGGCUCGAUGGAGAAAUUUCUUUUCGAUAGACUCCAUGUUGAGGCGUGUUGGUUUGCGCACCCAUGUAUCCGCCUCACUUGGAUAGAUGGUUUUCUCACUUCUGUUGUUCCUAUCGAUAAUUCCUUCAAGCAAAUAAAGUUGUCGCGACAC